AUGGAGCCUAGGGUGGUCAAGCCCCCGGGUCAAGAUCUCGCCGUGGAGCGCCUCAAAAGCCUCUACGGACUUGGGGGCAGCUGCUGCGAAGAGUAUGAGUUUUCAAAUUUUGAUCAGGCUAAAUGCAAAAGGAGAUCUUUACCCUACUCAGAUGAUUUGGAUAUCUACUCAUCUGGAGAUAAAGUCGGUUCAUCAUCAAGGUUGUAUUCUGAUGAAGGAAAACAUUUGCCAACACCUCGUUGUAGUUCUUUCAAGCACUUAAAUAUGAAUUGCCUAGAUGACGAACUGGAUUCUUUCCAUGAUUUGAAGCAACGGGAGACUGAAGAGUCAGUGGAGAGCGAACGAAGAGUUAGUGCCUCCAAAGUGUCCAGGAAGUCUUAUAAAGGAAUAGAGAAAGUUCCCCAAUCACCUGAUGUAACCUUAAAUUCAAGAGCCUGGAAUGAGUGCUAUAGUGAUACCAGCGCAUCUCCCCUGAAAGCUGUUAGGUGUCCGACAGUGAAAGGCCCCAACAAGCAGGGUUCACUCCCGCAUCAUGUCCUUCGGAUCUAUGAUGAGCUAUUUCACAUACAUCAGAAACUGCAGUGUGAGACUGCAGCACAGCAGGAAUUUGCUGAAGAACUUCAAAAGAGAGAGCGUUUUUUAGCUGAACGUGAACAACUGCUCUUCAGACAUGAAGUUGCCUUGAGUAAAAUGAAAGGUGUUGAAGAAGAGGUUCUUACAAGGUUUCAAAUUAUCAAAGAGCAACAUGAAGCAGAAGUUGAACACCUAUCUGAAGUUCUCAAGGAAAGGACUAAAGAAAGCAGGCGGUUGAGGUCAUCUUUUGACACACUGAAAGAAUUGAAUGAUAGCUUAAGAAAACAGUUAAAUGAAGUCAGUGAAGAAAACAGGAAGCUGGAAAUUCAGGCUAAAAGAGUUCAAGCCCGGUUAGAUAAUUUGCAGAGAAAAUACGAGUUUAUGACAAUACAGAGGUUGAAAGGAAAUUCCCAUUCGGCUCAUGAAGUGAGAAAUUUAAAACAAGAAAAAAUGCCUGUUUCAAAACCUUAUAAGGUACCACUUAAUGCACAAGUUUAUGAGCUUUUAACUAUGUUCAUGGACUGGAUUUCAGAUCACCACCUUAGUAAACUGAAAAAUGAAGAAAGUGGAAUGGAAGGCGAAAAGCCGCCAGUCAGGCAAGCUCUUCAGAGAACUGACAUUCAGGAGAAGUGUGUAAAGCUUCUGCCUGUGAUCGCUGAGCAGCUCCUGUGGAUGCCGUUUGUGAAUGUCAAACAUCACGAGCCGUUUGUGAAAUUCAUUUAUUGGUCACUGAGGCAGCUAGAUUCUGGAACGCAGCAUUCAACUCUGACAUCAACAUUGAGAAGACUGGGUGAAGACAUUUUCAAAGGAGUAGUACCUAAGGGGACUCACGGUACUUCCUUAGAGCAUUCUCUGGACACUAAACCAAAGACUGCUGCUUUCUUUAAGAGCUCCAAUUUACCCGUGAGAUUUUUAUCGACCUUAAUUGUUCUUAAAACAGUAACUCAAGCUGAUUACCUGGCGCAGGCAUUUGAUUCUCUUUGCUUGGACCUGAAGACAGAUGAAGGGAAAGCCUUGUUUUUGGAUUAUCAGGCUAUUCCCGUCGUGUUGGGUCACCUCAGAAUAUCCAGUAAAGGACUCCUCUCCAACGCCAUCGACACACUGCUUCAGAUGACAGUGGAAUCUAAGUCCUUGCAGCCCUUUCUGGAAGCCUGCAGCAACACGUUUUUCUUCCGUACCUGCUCUGUGCUCCUGCGGACCCCUAAACUUGAUCUUCAGAUACUCGAAAAGCUCAGUAUCAUUUUACAGAAACUUUCCAAAAUCAGGAGUAAUAAGAAGCUCUUUGAACUCUUUACAAUCCAUCUGAUGUUGCAAGAAAUGCAGAGGACAACACACCCAGAGCAUGCCUUUCUCUGCAUUAACCUGAACUCAACUCUGUUCAAUUUGGGUUUAACAAAAUCCAACCCCCUGGUCUCCACCGCUAGCCAUUAG